AUGCCUGCACCCAUCUCUAGUCACAUCCUUGCCCCCAUCCCCACACCCAUCCCUACUCUGAUCCUGCUUUCAUCCCCACACCCAUCCCUACUCUCAUCCCUGCUCCCAUCUCCACACCCAUCCCUGCUUCCAUCCUCACUCCCAUCCUUGCUUCUGUCCCCACUCCCAUCCCUGAUCCCAUCCCUUCUCCUAUCCCUGUCCCAUCCCUGA